AUGAAAAUGGCCAAGGAGAGGGAGAAAGCAGUAGCAGCCGGCGGUGAGAAGAAGGUGUUUCUGGGAGUCGUGUGGAACUGCGCCGCAGAGCUCAAGCUCCUCUUAACCGCUCUCCUCAUCCUCUGCUCCGUCGCCACCGUCCUCCAGUUCCUCCCUUCCCGCUUCACCAUCUCCACCUCCGAUCUACGCUUCUGCAUCUCCCGAAUCACCACCACUACCACCACCACCAUCUCCACCGCCGCCGCCCUCUCCUCUCUCAAUUCCUCCUCCUCCUCCGCCGCCGCUCACGCCGCUUCGCGUCUCGUCGUUAAUCCGCCGCCGCCCCUCCCCGCUUCUCCCCCCGCCGUCGACAGGGAUAGGGUGCUUGAAAACGGCGUAAUCAAGCGCGUAUUCAACCCGUACGGCUCCGCCGCCUACAAUUUCAUCACAAUGGGGACUUACAGAGGCGGACUUAACACCUUCGCCAUUAACGGUCUCGCUUCCAAGCCUCUCCACCUUUACUCCAAACCCACUUACCGGUGCGAGUGGGUACCCGAACCGUCGCCGCCGUCCAAUUCCUCCAAGCCGAUAACCACCGUCGGUUACAAGAUGCUCCCCGAUUGGGGGUACGGACGGGUCUACACCACCGUCAUAGUUAACUGUACUUUCUCCGAGCCAAUCAACGCCGGCAAUUCCGGGGGCAAGCUCUACCUCCUCGCCUCCACUUCCGGCGGCGGCGACACCAAAUUCGACGCCACCGACCGAAUCCAGGUGCUGGAAGAGCCGAAAGGGAGCGUCGAUUUCGAGGCUUUCGAUCCCAAUUCCAAGCCCAAGUACGACUACCUCUACUGCGGCUCGUCGCUGUACGGCAACCUGAGCCCGCAGAGGGUGAGGGAGUGGAUCGCCUACCACGUGAGGCUGUUCGGGGAGAGAUCCCACUUCGUCAUCCACGACGCCGGCGGCGUCUACGACGAGGUGUUUGAGGUUCUGAAGCCGUGGAUGGAAUUGGGGUACGUGACGCUGCAGGACAUCAGGGACCAAGAGAGGUUCGAUGGAUACUACCACAAUCAGUUCAUGGUGGUGAACGAUUGCCUUCACCGCUACAAGUUCAUGGCCAAGUGGAUGUUCUUCUUCGAUGUGGACGAGUUCAUCUACGUCCCGCCUAAAAGCACCAUCAAAACCGCCCUGGAUUCGCUCUCUGAGUAUUCCCAGUUCACCAUUGAGCAGAUGCCCAUGAACAGCAAGCUCUGCCUCACCGCCGACUACGGCAGAUACUACAGGAAAUGGGGGAUGGAGAAGCUGGUGUACAAAGAUGUGAAGAGAGGGGUGAGGAGGGACCGGAAGUACGCGAUCCAGCCGAGGAACGUGUACGCGACGGGGGUGCACAUGUCGCAGAACCUGGUGGGGAAGACGAACCACAGGACGAACGGGAAGGUGAAGUACUACCAUUACCACGGCUCCAUCGCGCAGAGGAGAGAGCCGUGCAAGACGCUGCUGAACGUCAGCGAGACCUACUUCGAGAAGACGCCGUACGUGCUGGACACCACGAUGAGGGACGUCGCCUGGGCGGUCAAGAAGUUCGAGCUCAAAAUGAUCGGAAACAGGCUGCAGAACACCCGGCAGUGA